UUUCACAACUUUGAAGUCUCAAAACAAGAUUAUGUUUAGUUUAUUGAAUAGUUCUCAUGGAUCCCCACGAAUUGACAAAGAUGUCUAUGAAUUACUCUUCACCGUUUAUAAUCAACGUGAUACCGAAGGUCUCAAAGAUUGCUUGGAAAAAAGCGAUGCUCUUGAUGUAUUUCGAAUGGUUCAAGAAGUCAAUAGAGAAUUAACUUCGGUCAAACUUGAAAAUGUCAUUUUAAUUGAUUUUCUACAAAAGAACGAUCCAAGACUUUUGGUCGGUUUAGAUCAUGUACGUAAACAUAGUAUAGAAAUCCGACAUUCAACAAUGGAGAGGAGAAAAUCUUAUGUGGAUAGUGGUGGUGGAAGUUCACCAAUUUUGGGACGAAGUGAAUCAAGAACAACAAGUAUAGGUGGCUCUACAAUGGGUUCUAUGCGCAGGACUGCAACAGAUUAUACAAUUAAUUAUCGAGCAAAGGUAGAAAUUGCAGAAAAACUAGCUGCUGAAAUACAAAGACAUUGUGAAGUUUUAGAGGCUAAAGGUACUCAAGAUAUUAAAAUUCUAAAAGGUCAGAUUGAGGAGGUACAAUAUCGAUGUGCUGACACUGAAGAAACUAUCAAAAACUUUAAGGUACAGUUUUUACAAAACGAUGUGCUGGAAAAUGCAACUGAAAAACAGAAAGAAGCACAACUUCGAAAAUUCAUAAAUAAUUGGCUUAAAAAUGGAAGAGCUUUAUUAGGAACAAUGCGACUGAAAAUCACUUCGAUACAAGAGAAAUGUCAUCAACAGCGAACAGCACUUAUAAGCAAAGCUGAUCUCAGUGGGAUGUUAGGUCCAGUUGACUUUGAACAGCUCCAAAUAAAAAGAGACGACCAAACACGUUCCCUCGAUGAAAAAAACAUCAGUUUGGCAGGAUUAAAGGAAGUCACUGGCAAAGCAUCGCUAUCCUUAGCCAAAGAGAAGAAGAAUCUUCUAGCUAUCGAACAGAAAUCUAAGGCUUUACAAGAGAAAACCGCCGAUGUUGUAAAGGGAAUAUCAAAAUUAGAACAAGAAUCUAGAAUUGUAGAGAAGGAAUUGGAAUCGAUAAAAGAGUCUUUGAAAACCAUUAAAAUCCAAGUAGAAGAAUUUGAAGCUCCUAGCAUAACUGACUACAUUCUAAAGAAACAAGAAUUAAUUGCUUUGGAAAAGGAAGAGAAGCUUUUGCAGAGGAAAAGCUACAUACAAAAUAUUAAAUUGCAAAAUAUGAAUAUGAAAUUGAGAUCUCGAAAUUUAAUUCAAUAAAACUUUCAACUUACCCAUAAGAUAAA